AUGCAGCCAAACCAUUGCGGACCUCAUACUGACAACUCUUUAUCGGCUACCAAAGAUGAAGUUGAACAAAAAGUAGAAGAAUUUAUCAAACAAGUUGACUUGGAAAAAUUGUGCGCAUUGACAAAUCGUUUCGUACCAGCCAGAAUAACAGAAACCAGAUCCCUUAGCAAGCCUUACAACAGCUACAUGCAAUUUAGGCUUGUUGCCCUCCAAUACGCUAGACAAGAACUUAUUCCGGGCUACAAUAAUCAAACUAUACUUAUUAAGGCUCUACCAAGGAUUUGGAAAAUGAUGACCAAAAAACAAAAAAAUUAUUUUAAAAAAUUAGCCAAUGAAACCAAUGCAGCUCUAUUUUCCGAUUAUAAAUAUUCACCUCGUCCGAAAAAGUCUACUUUGAAAAUAAAAACGGACACAGACAAAAUAGCACAUAGUAAUCCAUUUCUUGAUUAUAAAAUUUCACGUCAUCUAAAAAAGUCUGCUUUGGAAAUAAAAACGAACACGGACAAAGGGGUGGGAAUAAGCCAGCAAAAUCAGAUUUUUACAUCAGAUCUUUUUAAUUUGAAUUCCAAUUCGAAUGAGAGGACAUUUGAAUUCACAGCCACAAAUGAUAAUUUUUCCAAUUUGAAUCCUAAUUUGAAUAAAGAAGAUACAUUCAAUUAUUUGCCUUCAAUUGCCGAAUACUCUGAAGCAGAGCAAUUAUUCUCAAAACUUGAAGAGCAGAAAGAUGUCAUUGAUCGCAUACUAUACUUGAAAAAUGUAUAUGCCGUGGGUCCUGAUUUUCAGAAUGAUUGUACUACAUUAUGUAUCGCUUGUUGGGUUGCCAAACCUCUUGAAGAAUCAGUCAUGGAACAGCUUUCUAGAGUGUUGGAUAAUAAAUUCGAUGUUGUAUACUAUUUAGUAGAUGUAAACGACAGUCACAACAGUUAUGGUGGAGGUCUUAAUGAAAUUGAAAUUUCAUCUGAUGCUAAAGUCGAAACUGUGGACAAAAAGUCACAAUGUUUCAACAUUAUUGCCAAUCUCUGGGCAAACAUAAAACGUGAUUCUAAACAUAAAGAUAUGAAAACCUUGGAAUUUAUGGUAUAUUUGGAAAAUUGUAGCGUGGAAGAUCUUCUCAGUAAUCAAAAGCCCAAUUAUGAAUCGGCUACGGGAUCAUUUUCAUCUAUGCUAAUUGAUGAACCACUUGAACUCAAUUAUGAAUCACUCAAAAUCAAUAAUGAGUCAUCUGAAUCGGAGGAUGAAUUUCCCAUGAUUAUGUUGAAAGAAAGCCACCUACCUUUAGUACCUCAAAGUUUGAAAAUGGCAUUUGGUUACGAUGUGACAGGCAGUCAAAGUUCUACAAAAUCAGUAAAGAAAUGGGAUAUAGAUGUUACGUAUGGUUCGACUAAUGGUGUGCAAUGGCAAUAUCGAUUUACGGGUGGAGACGUAUACAAUAUUGCAGAACAUAGAAAAGCAUUCGGAUGGAUGAACCCCACCGUGGUAAUUGGCGAAUCACGAAUAAAGUAG